UUUAUUGUGUACAGCUCCUAUGCUGCUCAGUCAAAUAAAAUCACAGGGCUUCGAGUUGCCUGGCCAACAAGCUCCAAGUCGGUGUGGGGGGUUGGGGGAGACGCCACCCGCUACCCUGCCAACGUCAUGUGAGGGGCGGGGUGAGGGUUCCCUCUGCGGGCUUCUCCAAUCAUCAGCUGGAUUGUGUGGGGCGAAGGGUCUUCAUUGGAUGUCCGCAGCUGGGCGGCCCUGGCCUCUGCUACCUGUAGCUAAGUGCUCAGUUGAUCCGCAACGCGGCGCGCUGGGAGAGCUCGUUCUCGCGAGAGUGCAGCUCCCUUCUUGGCGGUGACAGCCAAGGCUGCCAGAAGGCCGACAUGGACGCCCUCGGUGACUACGUUUGGCCGCGGGCAACCUCCGAGCUCAUACUUCUCCCAGUCACGGGACUGGAGUGCGUGGGGGACCGGCUGUUGGCGGGUGAGGGACCUGAUGUCCUGGUGUACAGCUUGGACUUGGGCGGGCAUCUGCGGAUGAUGAAGCGAGUGCAGAACCUACUUGGCCACUACCUUAUCCAUGGUUUCCGAGUGCGGCCAGAGCCCAAUGGAGAUGAUUCGGAGGCCAUGGUAGCUGUGUUUGGGAGCAAGGGACUCCGAAUUGUGAAAAUUAGCUGGGGCCAGAGCCGCUUCCGGGAGCUCUGGCGCUCUGGCCUAUGGAAUAUGUCCGACUGGAUCUGGGAUGUACGCUGGCUUGAGGGCAAUGUUGCCUUGGCCCUGGGCCACAACUCAGUGGUGCUAUAUGACCCUGUGAUAGGAUGCAUGCUACAGGAUGUACCCUGCACAGACAGGUGUACCCUCUCCUCAGCAUGCUUGAUUGGAGACACCUGGAAGGAGUUGACCAUUGUGGCAGGUGCUGUCUCCAAUCAGCUUCUAGUCUGGUACCCAGCAGCUGCCUUAGUAGACAACAAGCCGGUGGCACCUGACCGACGAGUCAGUGGCCAUGUGGGUGUCAUCUUCAGCAUGUCAUACCUGGAAAGCAAGGGCUUGCUGGCAACAGCUUCAGAAGACCGAAGUGUCCGUAUCUGGAAGGUGGGCGACCUGCGGGUACCUGGGGGUCGGGUGCAGAAUAUUGGUCACUGCUUUGGGCACAGUGCCCGUGUGUGGCAAGUCAAGCUCCUAGAGAAUUACCUUAUCAGUGCAGGAGAGGACUGUGUCUGCCUGGUGUGGAGCCAUGAAGGUGAAAUCCUCCAAGCCUUUAGGGGUCACCAGGGCCGUGGGAUCCGGGCCAUCGCUGCUCAUGAAAGGCAGGCAUGGGUGAUCACUGGGGGUGAUGACUCAGGCAUUCGGCUAUGGCACCUGGUAGGGCGUGGCUACCCAGGCUUGGGGGUCUCAGCUCUCUGUUUCAAGUCUCCUAGCCGGCCAGGUACCCUCAAAGCCGUGACACUGGCUGGAUCUUGGCGACUACUGGCAGUGACUGAUACUGGAGCCCUUUAUCUCUAUGACCUUGAGGUCAAGUGUUGGGAGCAGCUGCUAGAAGACAAGCACUUCCAGUCUUAUUGUCUGCUGGAGGCAGCUCCUGGUCCUGAGGGCUUCGGACUGUGUGCCAUGGCCAAUGGUGAGGGUUCUGUCAAGGUUGUCCCAAUCAACACUCCAGCUGCUGCUGUAGACCAAGCCCUGUUCCAUGGGAAGGUUCAUAGCCUGAGCUGGGCCCUGCGUGGCUAUGAGGAGCUCCUAUUGCUGGCAUCAGGCCCUGGUGGGGUUGUGGCUUGCUUGGAAAUCUCCGCUGCACCCUCUGGCAAGGCCAUCUUUGUCAAGGAGCGUUGCCAGUAUCUGCUGCCCCCAAGCAAGCAGAGAUGGCACACAUGCAGUGCCUUCCUGCCUCCAGGUGACUUUUUGGUAUGUGGUGACCGCCGCGGCUCUGUGCUGCUAUUCCCAUCCAGACCAGGUCUGCUUAAGGACUCUGGGGUUAGAGGCAAGGCUAUUGCUGAGGGACCUGUAGCUGGUAGUGGCAGCGGGAAUGCUGUGGCUGGGUGGGGCCCUGUAUCUACCCUCCAUUCUCUGCAUGGGAAGCAGGGUGUGACCUCAGUCACCUGCCAUGGUGGCUAUGUGUACACCACAGGGCGUGAUGGCACCUAUUACCAGCUCUUUGUGCAAGGUGGCCAGCUUCAGCCAGUCCUGCGCCAGAAGUCCUGUCGAGGCAUGAACUGGGUGGCUGGGCUUCGCAUGGUGCCUGAUGGGAGCAUGGUCAUCCUGGGCUUCCAUGCCAAUGAAUUUGUGGUGUGGAGCCCCCGGUCACAUGAGAAGCUGCACAUCAUCAACUGUGGUGGAGGGCACCGCUCCUGGGCCUUCUCAGAUACAGAAGCAGCCAUGGCCUUUGCCUACCUUAAGGAUGGAGACGUCAUGCUAUACCGGGCUCUAGGUGGCUGCACCCGGCCACAUGUAAUUCUUCGGGAAGGUCUACAUGGUCGUGAGAUCACUUGUGUAAAGCGCGUGGGCACCAUCACCCUGGGACCUGAAUUUGAGGUACCCAGCCUUGAGCAGCCUGAUUACCUGGAGCCUGGAAGUGAGGGCCCUGGUCUGACAGAUAUUGUGAUUACAUGCAGUGAGGACACUACUGUCUGUGUCCUGGCACUCCCCACAGCCACAGGUUCAGCCCAUGCACUCACAGCUAUAUGUAACCAUAUCUCCUCGGUGCGUGCUGUUGCGGUGUGGGGCACUGGCACCCCAGGUGGUCCUCAGGAUCCUCGACCAGGUCUGACAGCUCAURUAGUGUCAGCAGGGGGUCGAGCUGAGAUGCACUGCUUUAGCAUCAUGGUCACUCCUGACCCCAGCACCCCAAGCCGCCUUGCCUGCCACGUUAUGCACCUUUCAUCUCACCGGCUGGAUGAAUACUGGGACCGGCAGCGCAAUCGGCAUCGGAUGGUCAAGGUGGAUCCUGAGACCCGGUACAUGUCCCUUGCUGUUUGUGAACUUGACCGGGCUGGACUUGGCCCCAUUGUGGCUGCAGCCUGUAGUGAUGGGGCAGUGAGGCUCUUUCUUUUGCAGGACUCUGGGCGAAUUCUACAGCUCCUUGCUGAAACUUUCCACCAUAAGCGGUGUGUCCUCAAAGUCUACUCAUUUACCCAUGAGGCACCCAACCAGCGGCGGAGGCUGCUGCUUUGCAGUGCAGCUACUGAUGGCAGCCUAGCCUUCUGGGAUCUCACCACGGUGUUGGACCGUGGUUCCAUGGUCCUGGAACCUGCAGGACACCCUGGGCUUCCUUACCAGCUGGGUACUCCCUGCCUGACCCUCCAGGCUCAUAGCUGUGGUGUCAACAGUCUGCACACCUUACCAACAUGUGAGGGCCACCAUCUUGUGGCCAGUGGCAGUGAGGAUGGCUCCUUGCAUCUCUUCAAGCUUGCUGUGGAGAUACCAGAGCUGGAAGAUGCUGUGGGGGAGGCUGAGCUGGUGCCCCAGCUGCGUGUGCUUGAAGAAUACUCUGUCCCCUGUGCACAUGCUGCCCAUGUGACAGGCCUCAAGAUCCUAAGCACAAGCCUCAUGGUCUCAGCCUCCAUUGACCAACGGCUAACUUUCUGGCGUCUGGGGCAUGGUGAGCCCAUUUUCAUGAACAGCACUGUAUACCAUGUGCCAGAUGUGGCUGAUAUGGAUUGCUGGCCCGUGAGCCCCGAAUUUGGCCAUCGCUGUGCUCUUGGGGGCCAGGGGCUUGAGGUUUACAACUGGUAUGACUGAGGUGUCCCACAGUGGCUGGUGUGCUGGGCAAGGGGUCUACUCACAGAUAGUGGAGCAGGAGUCAACUGUCUGUGCUCAUGCCCAGUGUGCCUUGAGGAGGGGAGGAGGUGGAGGCUGUGGGUUCCUAACUCCACAGCAGGAGCUAGAGGUGAGUAGAGUACUGCCUAGGUGGACCAAGAAUAUGCCCAACUCCCCAUAGUAGACAUAACCUUGUAACAAAAGCAAUUUAUUUUGGCUUUAAGCUCCUGAAGUCUGUGGAGUUUCGCAUUUUUCUUCCAGUUGAUAAUUUUAUAAACAUUCCCAUAUACUUGGCCCUCUGUGGCUUUAGAUGUGGUUCAAUGGAGGGAUGCCCAGCAUAGCCAGGCCAGUAUGGAGUAUCUCACGCACGGCUUUCAGAAGCUGCAAGCGGGCAAACAUCUGACCAAAGAGGUGUGGCCGAGGCUCCUGGAGGAGAAGGGACCUGCUGGUCUCAUUUUUUGCUUCCCUUGCCUUUACUCUGAACUCCUCUGCCCUUCCCACAUAUUCCCUUUUGCUGUGUACUCACCCCUAGGACAUGUAUCCGGUUAUAGUAUGAGCUGAAAUCCAUGCUGAGCUGUAUCAGGAAUUUGCAUACCUAGAGACAGAGAUAGUUACUGGCCCAUGUCUUUUUGUGCCCCAUCUUAGAAUAAAGAAUAGAGUGU